GCACCUCAAACCCUCCAACUGUCACGGUUACCCCGGUCCAACGGCCUCACCUCCACUGCUCUCCUCUUGUUCAGUUCCUUUCGCUAGCCAAAAUGUUCCGAUCUGCUCUCAUCCGGUCUCUUCGAACCGUCUCCAUACCUCGUGCCGUGAGGAACUCUUCGACCGUCCGUCAACUCCCCAGAGCCUCUGCCAUUGUUCGGCAAUCCCAAUUCGCUCCGUGCAUCCCCUAUCAGGCUAUCCGAUCGUACUCUGCGCCAGCCGGCCUUAACCAGUCAGAGGUUGAGGGAAGAAUAAUCGACCUGCUUAAGAACUUUGACAAGGUUACGGAUGCCUCAAAGAUUACUCCCACUUCGCACUUCACAAACGACCUUGGACUGGACAGCUUGGACACCGUUGAGGUUGUGAUGGCUAUUGAAGAGGAAUUCAGCAUUGAAAUCCCAGACAAGGAGGCAGACGCGAUCCACAGCAUCGAUCAAGCUGUUCAGUAUAUCCUUUCCCAGCCCGAUGCCCACUAAACUGGCCGAUAUUCGAUUCAGUGAGCAGGAUUACCCCAGGGAAAAUGGUUAUGUAUUAGAACUAAGGGGUGAAGGCGCCGGUUAGUAGGCUGCAUGGGGAGGUCACGAUUUUGCGGUUCUAACCGUUCCUCUCUUGUAUUGUGUAUAUCAACUUUGAGAUUUCGAACAAUUUUAGAGGUCUUUUAUCUGCUGUUCCCCUUGGUGAGGCGACUCUGCCUGCGUCGGAGCUUCGAUCGCAGGGAUGGAGACAGGGGAAAAAAAAAAAAAAAAAGAGAGACAGGAGCAAAUGGACCCAAACUGUAGUGAUUAUUCGCCCCCAACAAUUGUGAAAGAAUAAGAGUUGCCUUUCCAGUGAA